AGAAAAUGAGCAAUCAGUGGGUUAUCUCUUUAAUCAUUGGCUUCAUAGCUUUAUCAAAGGCUACCGAUACUUUGAAAGAAUUUACCGCGAAACUUGAAUUUAAUGAUAAGAAAUCAAAUUAUGGGCUUUUAGGAGAGCAUAAUUCUCAUACAAUAUCCAGGUGUGCCAUGAUGUGUAAAAGGGAGUGCGUCUUCUUUGGAUUCAACAAUCAAAUGAAGAAAUGCCGUACCCAUAAGAAAAUAUUUAAGUCUGAGCUCUCUGAUGAGGCCGGUUGGAGAUACUACUCGGAUAACGAUUUUUCUAGUAUGCCCAAAGAUUGCAAGGAUCUUCGAGAAAAUGGACAAACCAUCACAGGGUUGUAUGAUAUAUACCCCUACGGAACAUUAACAGUACCGGUCAGUGAGCAUUGCGAUAUGACGACAAUGGGCGGGGGGUGGACGGCAAUUCAGAAACGCUUAGACGGAUCGAUGACCUUUAACAGGACCUGGACGGAAUAUAAAAAUGGCUUUGGUUCACCAGCACAGAACGUCUGGAUUGAAAACACCUCAUCCCUGUAUGCGUCCAUCACUCUCCAGAAUGGUACAACUCUGUAUGAAAUGUACAACGGAUUCUCUGUCUCCGACGAAGCAGGAAAAUAUCAACUCUUUCUUGCAGGACCUGCCAAUGGGACUCUAGGGGACUCUAUGUUAAACACGGGUUAUUCUGGUAUUAAUCUGUCUGGGAUGUACUUCAGUACCCCAGACAGGGAUAACGACAGAGCUGGAGGUAACUGUGCUGCUAAAUACAGAGGAGGCUGGUGGUUUAACUCCUGUACUGCCGCCUUCCUUAACGGUCAAUGGUCCCCGGAGUCCUGGUACAGACCAUGGUUUCCUACAGUGACUGAUGGUAAACAGAUAAAGGAGACUCUCAUGAUGAUCAAGCGUCGCUAG